GGGUGACCAUGAACCGGGGCUGCGGGGAUAUUAAUCCUCCGUCCGGUCUGGUUGUGACGUGUUCUCCGCAGCAGCAACAGGCGGCGGCCCCGUCAAAGCCUAACCGACUGAGGAGAAGUUUCAAGCGGACUCAGCAGACGCAAAUAGCGGCGGAGCUCGGCUCUCCGAAGAGCCAAGAGCCCGAGUUUAAGACCCCGACGAGGAUCCAGAGACCCCGAGCCGUCGGGGGGUUCAGUGCCGAAUCUCCGCAGAACGACUCUGACUUUCAGCAGGACAUCAUCUGGGACGCCACCUCUCCGUCACCCAACAGACUCGGUAAAAGAGGCAAGAAGCCGCCGGUCGGAGUCGCGAACAUCUCCGAGAUCGUUAACAGGAUCGCUCCAAAGCACGGCAGGCCCACGGUUGCCGAGCCGACGCUGCAGCGGUGGAUCGGAGACAGCGCCGCCAUUCCCUGCACGCCAGACGUUCAGGUCCCCAAACCCAAGAAGAAGUCCCCCAGGCCGAGCGGCGUGGGCGACCUGCUGAAGCUCGCCAGACAGUUUGACCUCAACAUGUUCCACCGGGACGAGGAAGCGGCGGAGCAGCAGCACCAGCGGAGCCUGGAGCUCCUCUCGGAGGACAUCUUGGACUUCGAGAACGACUUCUCUUCGCCCUCGCCUCCCGGUAACCGCCCGCCACCGGACGAUCACCACAUGGAGGACGACUUGGACUUCCUGUUCGACGGGCCGACCCAACUCGUGAGCGGCAAUCUGAGUCAGGAAGCUGCGUUUCCCCAAGAGGCUUCUGGGAAAGCUGCGUCUGUUUCCUCGCCGCCUCCUGGCGUUCCCGCGGCGCGCCAAGGCGCUCCGCCGCCCGACGAGUUCGAGGACGACUGGGCGGACGACGACUUCCUGGACGACUCUCUGGCGUUGGAGAUGACCCAGAACCCGCAGAACCUCGUCGCCCCCGAGCGCUGUUCGACCCAGAAGACGCCAAGUCCAGCGGCUGAAGUCGUCCAAUCAGCUGUUCCCAAAGUCGUCCAAUCAGGAGUGACUAAUAAUAUGUAUCAAAGGGAAAGUCACGUUUCUAAAUCGGUCCAAUCGGCUGUUCCUAAAUCGGUCCAAUCAGCUAUUCCUAAUUUUGUCCAAUCAGCUGUUCCUAAAUUCGUCCAAUCAGCUGUUUCUAAAGCCGCCCAAUCGGCUGUCUAUCAAGUCGCCCAAUCAGGAGUGACUAAUGAUAGGUAUCAAAGGGAAAGUCCCGUUCCUAAAGCCGCCCAAUCAGCUGUUCCUCAAGUCGUCCAAUCAGCUGUUCCUAAAGCCGCCCAAUCAGCUGUUCCUAAAUUCGGCCAAUCAGCUGUUCCCAAAGUCGUCCAAUCAGCUGUCUAUCAAGUCGCCCAAUCAGGAGUGAUGAAUAAUACGUAUCAAAGGGAAAGUACCGUUUCUAAAUUCGGCCAAUCAGCUGUUCCCAAAGUUGUCCAAUCAGGAGUGACUAAUGAUAGGUAUCAAAGGGAAAGUCCCGUUCCUAAAGCCGCCCAAUCAGCUGUUCCUCAAGUCGUCCAAUCAGCUGUUCCUCAAGUCGUCCAAUCAGCUGUCUAUCAAGUCGUCCAAUCAGGAGUGACUAAUAGUACGUAUCAAAGGGAAAGUCACGUUUCUAAAUUCAUCCAAUCACAUUCAGCUGUUCCUACAGCCGUCCAAUCAGCUGCUCCUAACGUGGAAAAGGACAACGUGCGGCAGAGAACGACUUUCCGACUGGAGUCCAACCCGAGUUUCUCCGUCGGGAGAACCCAGGCGGCCACGUGGGCGAACUCGAAGGUGGAUUACGGUUUGAAAAAAUCUGAAAAUGGCGCUCGGCUCUCGUCGGAGCAGAAAACGCCUUUUCCCCGAAGGACUUCUGUUACCAGAAACGACUCGGCCGACCUCCGUGACGAGGACCUGUCGGCGUUCUCCGCGGCCGACCCGGCGUGGGGCGACCCGGCCGACGACCACCUGCUGUGCGAGAUGUGCGAUGACCUCGAGAACCGUAACCGGAGCGCCGAGAGCGUUCCCGCCGCACGGGCUCCCCAGAGAGCCGCGCUGCAGCCGUCCAACGGGCAGCUACCACCAGCCAAUCGGCAAGCUCCCCCGCCACAAAAACAGACCCUUACCCCGACAGCGCGUCUCCACGGUGACUCGGGGACAGCCGCCGGCUCCUCAUUGGCUGCCGACGUCUCAGCGACGGAUUCUUUCAGACGCACACAAGCGAGAAACGCCACGAGCUCCACGAACUACGACCGCAAAGACCAGUUCACCUUCAAGAAGCUGAGCAACGCGGUAUCCACGGCAACCGGCAAAGUGGCGGGGAAGUGUUCGGCGGCAGAGAUCGAGCUGAAGAAGCAGCAGGCGAUGGAGAGAAGACGCCAGCGUCUGCUGGCCGCCGGGAACCUCCAGGCGCCAACGUGACGGGGAAACACCUGCUGGCGACUUCCUCCAGAUGUUUUCAACGAGUCUCGUACUCAUGUAUGUUCUUGUCCAAUUAAACUGUAAUAAUAUUAUUUUAUUAUUUUGUGUUUCUAAUCUAUCAGAUGUCUUUUGAAAAGUGCCCAUAUUAUGCUCGUUUUCAGGUUCAUAAUCAAUUGUAUUUUAGAGGUUGUAUCGGAAUAGUUGACGUGGUUUAAUUUUCAAAAUAAAACAUGUUUUUGUUGUACUGCA